AUGACUUCCUACUGGGCUGGCUACCUUGAAGGGGUUGAAUCGUGUCAUUUUCCUAUCCUCAAUAGGCAGGAAAAUGGCAAUCUGUCCCAUACUGAUGUCAUCCAGAGAACUCUUCCCAUCGGUAUGAAGCUAGAAGGCUUCAGUAGGGCUCACAACGUGACGACGCGGGACAUGAUAUUUCUAGCAUGGGCGUUGGUGCUGCAGUCGUAUACCAAUUCUAAUGAGGUGUGCUUUGGCUAUAUUCAGUCUGUCAGGGAUAUUGAGGGUGUUGGGGAAAUUACAGGACCGUUGGUCAAUGUGCUUCCCUUCCGAAUGUCAGUCAUGACGGAUACAACCAUCAGCCGAGCCCUGCAGGAAAUCCAUGCAGCCUCUCUAGCGAGCCUCCCACACCAAAAGUGCCUUCUAUCUGAUAUUCAUCGUAUUGUGGAUGUGACUGAUGGAUCGCUUUUCAAUACGCUCGUUGAUGUACAGUGGGGCCACGCCAGCCGCGAGAGGUCAGCGAUGAUCGUUCAAACUGUCAAUAAGGAGAUCCCCGAGUAUGACCUCAAGCUGUCUGCGUGGAUUGAGGGUGAAGAGACCAAUAUGCAGCUACAAUAUAAGACGACGUUGGUAUCCAGCCAGCAAGCAACCAGCGUGUUGGCAACGCUCGAAACGGUUCUGAACAGCCUUAUGGAGGAUGACCAAUCGGCGCUUACCAGCGUCGGCCUUUGUAGCGAUCACGACAAGGCUUUGGUAUGGGGGUGGAAUGAGCUCACUCCCAACGGCGUGGAAAUGUGUGUUCAUCACCUGAUCGCACAAAGCUGUGCAAAGCAGCCUGAUGCACCUGCUAUUUGCGCGUGGGACGGUAAUCUCACAUAUCACCAGCUCGAUGAAAUCUCAUCCCGCCUCGCAGGACAUCUUCAGGGGCGAGGGGUGGGCCCUGGGAUUGUAGUUCCCCUGUGCUUUGAAAAAUCACGCUGGACCCCUGUGGCUAUGUUAGCUGUGAUCAAAACCGGCGCGGCCUUUAUGCUUCUGGAUAUCUCCCAUCCGCUCCCAAGGCUGAAAGGAUUGUGCGACGAGGUGGACUGUUCGGUCAUUGUGUCUGGCGUUGACCAGAUGGAUUUGAGCACGCAACUGGCCGCUGACGUUAUAGCCUUCGGUGACAAUCAGCAGCCCGGAGAAGCAUCCUAUGCCGAACCCACUGUGGAGCCCGGAAGCCCGUUAUAUAUUAUUUACACGUCAGGAUCAACGGGGAAGCCAAAGGGGAUAGUGAUAGCCCAUAAAGCCUACAGUACCGAGGCAACGGCAUUGAUAAAGACCGGGUUUUUGAAUUGCUCGGCUCGGGUGGCGCAGUUCUCCUCGUAUGCUUUUGAUGUUAGCAUUAUGGACCAUUUAACGACCCUAAUUGCCGGAGCAUGCGUCUGUAUCCCAUCCGAAACGAAGCUCCGGGACAACAUGGUAGAAGCCAUCAACAGCCUUCAUGCUAGUCAUGCAGUUCUCAUCCCAUCCAUCUCCCGCCUGUUUCCUCCACACUGCAAAACCUCUCUUGUUACCCUAGCACUGGCUGGUGAAAGCAUGACUCAAACUGAUCUUACAAGGUGGGUGGAUCGGGUGAGGCUAUUCAAUAUGUAUGGGCCAGCGGAGUGCUGCGUCAUUGCGUCCAUUCAGACGUCCUUCACCGCAAACUCCGAUCCUCGCAAUAUUGGCCACCCUUGUGCAUGUGUGGGCUGGGUAGUAAACGCGCUCGAUGUCAACCAGCUCAUGCCUUUAGGGGCUGUUGGUGAAUUACUCAUUGAGGGCCCCAUUGUUGCGCAAGGAUAUUUCAAGGCUCCCGAGAAGACAGCAGAGGCCUUCAUUGAGCCGCCGCCCUGGCUCAUGAACCUCCGAUCCAAAGAUGCUCCCUCGACUCCAGUAUAUCGAACGGGAGAUCUCGUCCGGAUGAAUUGGGAUGGCACUUUGCACUAUGUGGGUCGCCGCGACACUCAGGUCAAGCUCCGAGGACAACGCCUCGAAUUGGGCGAGGUCGAAGAAAAGGUGCGGCAGAGCUUCGACGGCCUUGAAGAUGCAGUGGCCGACGUCCUGACUCUCCCGGGGGCCAGGAACCAACAGCUUAUUGCAUUCGUCCGAGGUCCCGGAUUGGGGAAGAUCGGAUCCGACCUCUUGGCUACCCCCAUGCCGAGCUUCUAUUCUCGGGUGUCCAAGGCAGAAGCACGGCUGCGUCAGGAAGUUCCGGGAUUCCUAGUGCCCUCCAUCUUUAUCCCCCUGACCAGAAUCCCCCGAACGGCGUCUGGAAAAGUCUACCGAGAGGGCCUCCGCCGUGCGCUGUUCGCCAUUUCGCCCCAUGCGCUGAGGCGCUAUACUUCCCCGACAGAAAUAUCGAAAGAAUGCCCCUCGACCGACGCUGAGCGACACUUGCAGCAGGUCUGGGCAGAGGUCCUCCAUCUGCCACGAGAGGUUAUCGGAGUCAAUGACCAUUUCUUCCAUCUCGGGGGAGAUUCAAUCGACGCGAUGAAAGCCGCUGCACUCUCCCUGACUGGGGAAGUAAGCGUGGGUGUUGCUGAUAUAUUCGCACACCCCAUCUUACGGGAUCUGGCCGCUGCUGCAGCGCUUGUCGUCCAAGUUCCGACUCAGAGCGGUCAAGCAUUUAGUUUGGCAUCAGAAGAAGAUGCUCCAGCUCUCAUCUCCACACUGUCCAGCCAAGGACUUUUGCCCCUGGGGUCCCAGGUCGUCGACCUGCUGCCAGUAACGAGGAUGCAACGAUGGUUCAUUGACCGAGACUCUUUACACUAUCACAAUUUUCACGUCCACGGGCCGUUGGAUGUUGGCCGCCUGCAAGCGGCUUGCAAUGCCAUGAUGACCCGAUACAGCACCCUCCGCACGGUCUUCUUUCGCCGCAACGGCCGCCUGAACCAGGCAAUCUUGCAGAAUGUUCCUCUGCCUUUCGUGCGCUACACCACCGAGCAAGAUCUUCUCCCUUGGGCUGAGUCCUUGUGGCGGGAGGAUCGCGCACGCUUUAACCUGUACGACGGGCUACCGGUUCGUUUCUUCCUGGUAUCCAGCUCCGAUCUAGAACAUCAUGUGUUUUCCAUCCGUCUUUCUCAUACGCAGUACGACGGGGUUUCAAUGCCCUUACUGUUCCGCGACUUGGCAGCUACAUACAACAGCAACGAUGUCGCCUUGCCGCCGACCCUGGCCUUCGCUGAUGUGAUCUAUCAGCGGGCUUCCCAGCCAGCCGAUACAGCCUUUCAAUUUUGGCGGGAGUAUUUGGACGGUGCCUCCAUGACCAUCCCCUUCCCCGCGAAAAACGCCCUGGAAGUCCAACAAAAGAACCAUGAGACGCUCCGCCACACCCAGCGAAUUUCCUUACCACCGAUCUGUCCCGGGAUCACAAUGGCGACCCUGGUCAAGGCAGCGUGGGGCCUCUGUUUAGCGAACCUGAAAUCCAGUACGGAUCUCACCUUUGGCCACACCGUCAAUGGCCGGAACAUGCCCCUAACCCAUAUUGAUAGGGCCCUGGGCCCUUGCCUCAAUUACCUUCCGGUGCGGAUCAAUCUCAAGCGCACCUGGACAGUGCAGGACUUUCUCUACCACGUGCAGGAGCAGUAUGUUCGUACCUUACAGUACGAUUAUCUUGAACUGCGAGAUAUUAUCCGUCAUUGCACCGACUGGCCCCCAGAGACAGAUUUUGGCUGCAUUGUACACCACCAGAACAUCCAGUUGGUCCAUGAACUACCCUUACAUGACCUCCUGGCGGUGAAUUACUCGGUCUUCACUCGGUUGGGUCUACACAAGGAAAUUUUGCUGGUUACCGAGCCGUAUGAGGACCACAUGUCGAUUGAGGUGCGUGCAAACACUCAGAUACUAUCACCCGAAGCCGGUCGCCAGAUGGCUCGAUCUCUAUGCGAGAUGAUACAAACAUUAGCCUAUUCACCGGAUAUGCUUCUGGCAGAGAGAUUGAAUUUUUAG